AUGCAGACGAAUGACUACGCGGAGGCUUGUGCCGAUUCUCUUAUUUGUCUGUGUGCGUCUGCACGACCUCAUUCAGGUCAGGCUCGGCCAAUCAGAGCAAACUUCACCUUCUUCGGACCGGCCAACAGCUCGAAUUCACCCGAAACGUCCAAGCUCGCCAAAGCGAGUCUUGUAGAGAAGAAUCGCUUGGCCGAUUUCGGGUCGGGCUCCUGCCACAAUCUUGUGCGUAGACGCCACGACGCCAUUGACACAUCUGAACAAGUUUACUCCGACCCCGUUUGGGUCCCGUACAACCAACAAAAGCGUCUCCACACCGGCUCUGCAGCAUCAAAGUCGUGCUCGCAUCAAUUUUGGCCGAAAAAGCCUCUUGCCAAACAGACCGAUGCCAAAGUGAUCGGCAUCGUGAGGCCUAUUUGCUUCGUUCAAACAGCCGUUCUGAAGUAG